AUGCUGGCUCUCCUGAUUGACUUUCUCCAUUCGUCCGUCAUCAUUGUUGCAUCUCCACACAACAAUGACGAUGUCAGCCACGAAUCCGUCGGCGCACAGGAGCAUCACUCACCCGGUGUCUUCUGUCCUCCAUCAGCUCCUGUUCCCUCAGCCCUGCAUCAUCCUCCGCCCCGUUUGUUCUGGUCUUUCUUGGCGUCGAAACACUCGCCACUCAAGUCUGGCGGCUACCUUGAUGUAGUCUCCAGCUCCGCUACCGACCGUCAUCACGCCAUUGCCAUGGUAUCUAUGCGUGUGGUAUCAACUCAACUACUGGUACCGUUUUCUGGAAUCUUCGUCGCACUUUGCGUCGUUCCCAGGAAAUGGUCCGUCACCGAGUUCUGCUGCUUUGUUGUCUUCUCCUCGAACAUCGUGCCUACCACCCGCUGCUUGUCGCCAUUUCCAUUGGAUACUCCUCAAUUACAAAAGCUGAAGAAGCACUAUCAUCGACAAACUGGAACAUCUUCACUUUUUCGCCUCUGGCACACCAUCUCCUCCGGCGUCAUCUCCCGCGACACCCUUUUCAUCAACAUGAUCAUCUUCUACUCUCGCCCUCCACCUACGAUCUUUGCAUCAACCUGGCCGGAUCAUCGGUCCGUCAAGCGCCCUCUGCUCGUGAAUCAGAUUCGCAAGACAACGCCUCUUUCCGCCAUCUGCACUUCGACCAGUGACUCUUCGAGCACCAGCACACCAGCCCCGGAGCAUACUCCACCGGCUUCCCUCGCUCGUCAAUCACGACAGUCUUCCUUAGCUGCUAGCUUACAUCGCACCUUCUUGGCGGUUUCUCUUCACCGACAAUCCUUCUGCGUUGCCUUCUCCGUCUUCCGUCUCGCUUCUUUGCUCUAUCACGAUCGGUCUCCAGCUUAUUCCCUUCUCCGCUAG